AUGGCAGAAUGCGCUGACAUGAAGCGCAACCUGACUCUUGGAGAGAAGAUGGAAAUCAUCAAGUGCUAUACUUCAACAAACCCUGAAGUUACUAUGACCCAUAGCCAGCUCGCAAAGAUGUUUGGGAUGAGCAGAUCUGCUAUUUCUAAAAUUCUCAAGGCCGAGAACGUUUGCAGAUUGAGACACAUUACGAAUUGUGGUCUUCAUGCGAGCAUCAAGCGCUAUGCUCCCAACGAUUCACAUCUAGAACUGGAGAAGCGAAUCCAUGAAUGCAUCGUAGGGGCUGGGCUUGGAUUUGGCGGCAGGUUGGAGAUUCGCCAAUACGCUAUGGAAGUAGCAAGAGAGAUGGGGUUGUCAGACUUCAAAGCGUCUCAUGGCUGGUGCUCUCGGUUUAUCAAGCGUCAUGGUCUUACAAAGACGAAAAUCUUGGGUCGAGACGUGUAUGUGGAAACAAACAAAACUUCGCUUACGACUGUAUCAUCUGCAUCAUCGCUGACGCAGAAGUCAGAGGCGCAGACUUCCAGCUCCUUGAGACAUCGUGAGAUGAACUUCAAGGUAUCUCUUGUAAGGGGAGGGCAAGAAGAUGUCUUCAGACAGCUGAAGUGGAGCUUUGACUUCGAUCAUCUUGACAAUCCUGUAGGUGGUUACAGGAUGGUGAUGGAAGGACUUCAAAGUGCUUUCAGUGAAGAUCUCAAGGGCAUUCGAACGAGCUGCUUGCAGCUAAGCUACAUAGAUGACGAUGGCGACAAGAUCCUGAUCAACUCCGAUCAAGAGCUUGGUAUCCUCCUCCAGGACAAGCCACAAGCUGCAAGGAUCCGCCUUUAUCUCCAUGCAGUGUCAGGGUCAAACCGACCGCCGAUGGGACCGGCCAGUGGAAGUCUACAGCAGAUUAAUGGAAUUCAACCUCUUCCUCUGGACAUGCUUGUACAGGCCUUGAAGUCUUACGAGAACAAUCUUCUUAUUUCAACCCUACCUGUUGUAUGA